GUGUCCUAUACCUGCAGUCACACGGGACCGGAUCACACUUUAAAAACACUUCCAUGCUUUUUAAUAUCUGGAAUAAAGAAUUUGAAGCUUGUCAACCUCGCGGAUGACGUAUCAGGAUGACAAACAUCAAGCGGUAUUUUGUCAACCACUUGCUCACCUUCUCCCUCCAGAAUGGAGAAGUGCAGAACGUGGAGGAGGCCCGGUCCCGCCUCCUCUUCCUGGCUGAAAGCAACAAGCUGUGGAGCCAACAGAUGCUGCUGGAUGUCGGCGCAGAUGCUGUUUAUCUGAGAGACAUACAAACAAAGGAGGAGAUAGAGAAGUACUCCUUCAACUCCAUCUUCCGAUGCGAGGCCGUUAACUCAGAGGAACUCUUCCCGUCCCUUCUGCUCCUGGUGAGCCAAAGCGUCAGUGAGAAGAAACCGGAUAUUCUCUACUUCAGCUGUGAGCCAGUGAAGGCGGAGCACAUCUGUGACAACAUUACACAGGCUGUUUCCAAAUCCAACAGGACUAAACAGACCAUUCAGGAUCCAAUCAGGUAUUCCCAGAGCGGUGCAGACAUGAUUGACCCCUAUGGCAUUCCAAAUCCACCGAUUCCACAUGCUCCCAAUCCCCCACCCACCAACCCGCCACCUUACCCUGGACCUAGAGCAAACGGAGGUCCAGAUAAAUCCUUACUCCAAGCCGAGAGAGAAGUGGGCAUCCUCAACCACUGUUUUGAUGACAUCGAGAGCUUCAUGUCCAAGCUGCAGCAGACAGCCGAGGCCGCCACAGUGCUCAAUCAGAGAAAGAAGAAGAAGAAAAGCAAAAAGAGUGCAGAAGAAGAUAUACUCACCAUAAGGGCCAGGCCUCCACCCGAGGAGGAGUUCAUCAAUAUCUUCCAGAAGUUCAGAUAUUGCUUCAGCCUGUUGGCUCGUUUAAAAUCAUCCAUAGCCAAUCCUUCAUCAGAGGAGCUUGUUCAUCAUGUGUUCAAACCUCUGGAUAUGAUGGUGAAGACCACAGGGGGACCAGCACUCGGGGCCUCCAUAUCCAGCCCCGCCCUGACCACCGCUGCUGUCUCCCUGUUAAACGACAACCUGAAUGUGGAGGAGAGGCAACUGUGGGUGUCACUCGGUCCCAACUGGACGCAUUCUCGCUCCGAGCUCAAAGGCCCCAUAGCUCCGUACACCCCCGUGUUCCUCGACGGCUGGCAGCCAGAGACGUUCAGGGCAGACGGGCAGGUUUGGGAGGAUCCGGUCGAGUCACAGCACAAACAUGAAGCCCUCCGAGUCAAACAAGAGCAGGAGCAACUGCAGCAACAGCAACAGCAGCAACAACCCCCGAUUCCGAACAGUCACAUCAAUGAUGAACCAGACAACACAGGACACGCCCCAGCACCGGAAAAAAUCUACAGCUGCAGUUACGACUUCAUCGCCAGGAACAGCACUGAGCUUUCCGUCCAACAAGGGGAGACCCUGGAGGUGCUCGAGUCAUCCAAGCGCUGGUGGAAGUGUCGCAAUCGCUUCAACCAGGUUGGCUUUGUUCCUUUCAACAUCCUGGAGCCCAUGGCCCACGUCGAGAGUCCCGUCAACACCAGGCCGCCUCAGGCUCCGCCCGCACCCCCGCUUGCCAAGACUUUCACCACGGUGCCACCGAACCCACCUGCUGCACCUCAGAACCCCACUUUCCCGCGGCCGCACAGCGUGCCCACCUAUAACCAGCACAUACCUGCGGCAGAGGACAACGACAAAGUCAUGAUGGUGAAUGAUGAGCUGCUCCAGAGGCUGACCAAUGGGAAGGCCAACAGCAGCAAGCCUCUGGUCAUCCCUCGAUCCAUGGAGACCUCCCUUCCUCUCGACUACCACUCUGCCCCAGAGGAGGUGAUGGAGUGGCUGAGAGGGAAAGGCUUCAGUGAAUCGACGGUGUCAUGUUUGGGAGUCCUAACAGGUGCUCAGCUCUUCUCCCUCAACAAGGAGGAGCUCCGCAGAGUUAUUCCACAUGAAGGCGCAAGAGUUUACAGCCAGCUGGCGGUGCAGCGAGCGCUGCUGGAGGAUGCUCGAAGGGCCACAGAGCUGGAAGCCGUCAUGGAGAAACAGAAAAUGAAGGUGGAUCUUAAAUUAGAGAGCAGCACUUUGUGAGAUGUAGUAUAAUAGAUGGACUAUAUAGUAUUAUAUAUAAACAUAUACAUACCUGGAAAAUGUGGGUGGAGAUCAUCUUGCAGCACUUCAUUUUUGGCAGUGAUGCAACUGUAUUGAAUACAGUAGGCUCUGUGCUAACUUAUAAGUUGUUGUAAAUUGUACUAUUAACUUAAUAGUAAUAUAAGACUUAUUCAACAAUGCCUCAACCAAAUGAAGGCAAGAAACGACCAAUAUGCAAUAAAGACUUUAAUGUGG